AUGUCGGAGAUCCGCAGAAAGAAGGUGGCCAUUAUCGGAGCCGGAGCCGCAGGCAUGUCAUGCGCGGCGAAACUAGCAAAUUAUACAGAGAAAUUCGAGGUCACGAUGUUUGACAUCGACUCUCACACAGGCGGCCAAGCAACCUCAAUCACACUAGAUGAAUCCAAGUACGGAGCAAGCUGGCUAAAUGACGGAGUUCAAGGAGGUUCAGCCAUCUUCCGUCACACAUUUCGCUUCUUCCGCCAAUACGGCUAUGAGCCUCAGCCAGUCCGACUGCAAGUAUCAUUCGGCAAGGGGCCAGGCAGUUUUUGGACAAACGUCUUCCCGAGCCCCCUUGUUGAUCAGCAUUCCCGGGAAAUCAAGAAGCUGGGCCGAGUGCUGAAGUGCAUCAAGUACUUGAUGCCAAUUCUGGGCAUCAUGCCGGUCAAAGUGAUCCUACGCUUGUUUGGGUUCAGCCGCGAUUUCAGCAACAAGAUGGUGUUGCCUUUACUGGCAUUAUUUCUUGGAACGGGGAACCAAACUCCGAAUGUUUCGAGUGUACUUCUGGAGCGAUUGUUUGAUGACCCACAGAUGAAGUUGUGGGAGUAUGAUCCGGACACCUUAUUGCCGAACCUACCGGUGAUGUAUACGUUUCCGAAUCUGGGAGAUUUCUAUAAGGAUUGGGCUUCAGAUCUCCGAUCUAAGGGGGUGGAUAUUAAACUCAAUACUUCUGUGUCGAUUCUAGAGCGCAAUGCGAAGGCUGUUGUGUUGGAAGUCCGAACCAAAACAGAUGAUGAUGGUGAGGAGCUGUCAGGAGCGAAGACUGCCACUUUCGACGAAUUGGUUCUUUGUUGCCCAGCAGACGAAGCAAAGAAACUUCUCGGCCAACAAGCCACAUGGCGAGAGAAGUGGGUUUUGGGUGGCGUGAAAUUCUUCAACGACAUCACCAUUACUCAUUCAGAUUCAGAUUACUUUCAGAAAAUUUUUGAGGCGCAAUAUGAUCCAGGAUUGUGCGCACAGCCGACUACCGACGACCGGAAAAAGCAGAUCGCAUUUGCAGAACAAAAGCCCGUCUGUCAAAAGGAUGGUUGGCUAGGAUAUCGGCCCAUGUAUUACACGCAUUCUUUUGAGUCUGACCCAGACAAGAUUGAGAUGGGAUUCGACUGCACGAACUACCAGCAUCAAUUCCGUGACAAUCUAGGUAUGGGUAGUUCAUCACGGCCCCUGGAUCAACAUGUCUUCCAAACGAUAUUCUUAAAUGACCAGCAGAAGGAUUUGUGGACGUGGAAUGAUAUCGACACGUCAAAGAUUAUUGGACGAAAGUGGUGGCAUCAGUUUGGUCAUCGGUGGCAACAUUAUCUGCGUGUUGUUCCAGGUAUGAUGUUCAUCAACGGCAAGAAUCGAACUCAAUAUGCUGGGAGCUGGACUAUGGUUAAUAUGCAUGAGAUUGCUUGCAUCUCAGGAAUUGCAGCUGCCCACCAACUUGGUGCGGCCUACGAGCCUUUCGAUGAUUUCGCCGAAGACUUCUUCGGCAAAUAUCUACUAGUGAGUCAUGGAACACGCUAUAAAAGAGCCAAGGUGAAGCAAAAUUGA